AGACGUAUAAUUAGAUCGCUCACUGGAAACUUGAUGGCACUGACAAUGAUAUCUCGUAUGAUGUCUUUCUUAUUCCUAAUUAUAAGUUACCGCAAAAUUCCGAAAAUAAGCCCUUCCAUGUAUAAGCCCCUUCAAAUAUAAGCCCCCCAAACCGGUAGCGCAAAAAAUCCUCCGUUAACUCGCCCCUCCAAAUAUAAGCCCCCCGGGGGCCUGUACUUGGAAAAUUGUCCUCAAAUACAAAGUAAAACAAAGCAAAAACUUUAAAUUUACUUCCAACUAUAAGGCUAGCCCUAUCGAUUUUGAAACGCAAAUUUCCCUCGGUACAUAAGCCCCUCCGAAUAUAAGCCCCUCAAAAAGGGUCUUUGAACAAUAUAAGCCCCGGGGCUUAUUUUCGGAGUGGGACAUUCAAUGGCACGCAUAUACUGCACAAUACCUUUUUGGUCUAUGAGCUUAUCUCUUAAAAACACAACCUUGGUUAAAACUUUAUGUUCUCUGAGGAAAUCUAAUGUUACAUUCAAAAAAAAUUCCUUCCAUUUCUCCACUUGGCUAUGUAUUGUUAUUGAUCAAAUCCAGAACAAACAAGUUGCAAACAAGCCGUAGUCGAGUGGUACACAUAUGUGUUUACGCACACUGCAUUACUAUCGAGUCAAAAUCGAAUCUAAGAGUCUUAUGUAAUCUUUGGGUCCUGUUAUCAUGAUUACUAUUCAGGUUAUUAUUAUCAUUAUUAUUAUUAUUAUUAUUAUUGUUAUUUUAAAACAGCUUAGAAAAUGGUGCAAAAUACCUGAAUGAAACAAGAGGGACGUACUUGUAUCUUAAUGGAGCAGGAGCAUAUGCCACGACACCAGCAAGAAAUUUUCGCGAAGGAAGCUUUACGAUUGCCUGCUGGGUGAAACUCCUCAAUCCUGUGACCAGUGAAUCAGCAAUAUAUUCCAUAUGGCCGAAGUCUGAAAAGCAGUUUCUGUUUGAGGCGUCGAUGUGUGGAAAAGUGGGAUUUGCAGCUAUUAAUAGUGACCACGCCUUUAAGCCCCUCUUUAGUGCCGGGUAAAUUUCCUACAAAUCAAUAGGCCAUUUGCCGAGUUGCCGCCCCACGCCUUUUAUUCUCAUGAAAAAUAAAAUAAUAUUUAAAGUUUUACAUUAAGCCUCGUUCAUUUACCUCAGCAAACUUAAUAAAUACUGUACAAGAAGUUGAGGUUUUAAUUUGUUUUUCGUGAGGAGAACCCAACUAGCCAUCGGGCUUAUGGGAGAGUUCAAUGGCAAAACUUGAUGGCUUGAUGGCGGAUUGUACGUGUUUUGUAAACUAAUUUUCUAGUAUUGUUGAUCGCAUAAAGCACACAAUUAUAAAAUUAGAAGAAGCAUUCAUGGGUGAUAUAGCAGGGUCAAUACUUUAGUGCCAAAUGUGUUUUGAGAGCAAUGUUUGCUUGUCGUUUAGUGGUUAACAAAACAAUUACUAGUUAUUACAUCGAACCUUGUCGCCGUUUCUAAAUAGAUCCCGACCAGCUAAUUGUUUCAAACGAAAACGACUCGUUUCGGAAAAGUUCCCGAAAGAGGAGUACUAAGUAAGAUGGAAGGCAAGAAGGAGGGUUUUCGGAAAUGCACUGUUUCUUGCAUGUGCCGGCCAAGAUUAAAUGCUCAAAAAUGAAGAUAAAAGACGAGAGUAUUGAUAACAGACCUUCAAAAAUAACCUGGAAACGAGAGGUGUAAUCAGUCUGAAGGCGUUUUCGAUCUCUAGAACUAACGAAAAGGAGGGUCGAAAACUACGCCAAAACGCUAGUGAGAACCUGGGCAUUUCGUUGCGUGUCUGUGUGUACCUGUUUUGUUGUUGUUAACAAGAAAACUAGGGUGCUCGAAAGCAACUAAUUGUUUCAAACGAAAGCGACGAGUUUUCGAACAGUUCCCGAAAGAGGAGUACUAAGUAAGAUGGAAGUCUUAUCGUUUCAGUGUGAAUAGGCAAGAAGGAGGGUUUUGGGAAAUGCACAGUUUCUUGCAUGUGCCGGCCAUGAUUAAAUGCUCGAAAAUGAAGAGAAAAGACGAGAGUAAUGAUAACACACCUUCAAAAAUAACCUGGAAACGGGAGGUGUCAUCAGUCUGGAGCGUUUUCGAUCUCUAGAACUAACGAAAAGGAGGGUCGAAAACUACACCAAAACGCUAGUAAGAACCUGAGCAUUUCGUUGCGUGUCUGUGUGUGUGUUUUGUUGUUGCUGUUGUUGUUAACAAGAAAACUAGGGUGCUCGAAAACACUUAAGUCAGUAUAGGCAGCAUCUGAAAACGCCAGGUAAUCACCGCUUCACAUUUACUUAGUGAUAUAAAUCGCUAUAAAUCGACUUUUUUUACGUCAAAUAGAGACAUAACCGCUGAUAACCGGUUAAACGUAUCUUUACAGCAAGCCUCCAAUUGGUGCAUGGUUUCACGCAGCUGUAGUAUGGGAUCGAGCAACCAAUGAGGUCAAUCUUUACAUAAAUGGCACGAAGGUGGGAACAAGUGUUGUGCAAGAACACUGGUA